GGUCAAUUAAACAAAAUUUCAACUUUUUCUAUUGACAAAAUUGGAGACUUGUAGCCCAAAUAUUUUCAAGAAAAAAAUUGUUCCUCUUUACUCCCAAGAAUCUUUUCUUUAUCCCCUCCUCUUUGGUCUACUCUUUGCAUUUCUGCUACUGUUCUGGUGCGAUUCAUUUGUUCAUCAUUUGUUGCAUUUCCGGUCCUUCUGCCUCUUCUUUCAACUGGUCUGAAUCUUGAUAGAGGCAAUGUCGCAAGGCUACGCUAUUGAGCUCUACUUUGAUCCUGCACUGGAAAACCAGGUGCUGAAAGCCUGGAAUGUAUUGGCUCGACGCCAGAUUAGCACUCAGCUUAUUGAGAUUGAAUCUAGACCUCACAUUACCCUCUUCUCGAGUCCCUUUUUUGAUCCAUCAAAGCUUGAGAACAUUGUAAAGAAUUUUUCAUCCAAGCAAGAAUCGUUGCCUCUGUCCUUUGGUUCAAUUGGAAGCCUCCCAAGUGACGACAAUGUUCUAUUUCUUGCCCCAACUCCAACUUUGUCUCUCCUUCAGUUCCACUCACAACUGUUUGAUGCUAUGAAAAAGGAGGGAAUUGAGAUUGCAGAGGAGCAUCGUCCUGAUACAUGGAUUCCUUAUUGCCCAGUAGCUGAUGAAGUGCCUAAAACUCGUAUGGGCGAGGCAUUCUCUGUUUUGAGGGAUCUGAAAUUACCUGUUGCUGGAUAUGCUAUGGAAAUUGCACUUGUCGAGUAUCCACCAGUUCGUGAAGCAUUUUCUUUUGUGCUUGCCUAUGGUGCUGGUUUUCUCUGGUGCUGAUCUGGUCUGCUUCGGCUGGUUUUCCGGGGUUCUUUAUAAGGUUGCGCUAUUCUUGUGUUUGCAGCAUGACUUGCAUCAAAGUUUUUAUGGAUUGUAGUCUAACACAGACAUGCAAAUUGACUGAUUGCUGGAUGUUUUGCUGGGACAACCUAAGUAAUGCCUGCCUCUACUUAUUCUAGUUUCCUUCUUGGAUGUUUAGUAGCAUGUCUCACAUGCUUGAAAAGCCUGUGAAUCAAAGUGUAUUUGGUAGACUUAUUUUCAAGGUUUUAGCAGGUUUCAGUGAAUGACUAGUGCGGAUCAAUCAAUUCAGUGUUUUUCCCCAUCAUGAUUCCUCCAUUCCACAACUAUGUAUCAAGGUUUCCAUUACACCAAAAAGUGACCAUCAAAAGAUCACAAAAAUACAUACAUGAAGAAGCUUUCUCUCUGAUGGUGAUCCAUAAGUCUUCCGAAUAUUAAGAAGGCUUCCCAUCUAGUGGAGAUUAAGAAGU